CCUGCUGGGAGUCUGCCUCCUUGCUCCUUCACAGACUUGCCAAAAACCCCCCUCGGCUGAGCCAUGGGAGAUGAUGCGACGUCCACAACUUCCCUGGAACUUGCAGUGUGCUACGCUUGCAACCUGCGGCAUGGGCGGCGCAAGCUGAUGUGUCGCAGCCCCGGCUGUGAGCAGUUCCGCGGCAAGCUCUACCUUUGCGACCGGUGCGUGACGCACUGCCCCGAGUGCGAGGCAAGAUUGCAUCAAACAGAUUUGGCCACCGUCACAGGGCUUCCCACCCUGGAGACGUAUAGCUCCUUGCCCAGCAAAGGGGAAGCGACAGAAGCAGCGAAAGGAACGAAAGGAGCAAAAGGCACAAGAGGAAUUGAAGGAAAAGGCGCGCCUGGCAAUAGUCCGAAGGGCAAGGGCAAAAGUGGUAGGAAAGGUACCAAAACAGCUUGGAGCAAAGACGCAAAAGGGAGGCCUGACGGCGAGAUUGUGGAAAAGAGAUUUGAAGUGGCUGGGUAUGCCAUAGGGAUGGUCAUUGGAGAGAAUGGAAACCAUUUGGAGUCUCUCAAGUCAAGCUAUCCAAGCCUUCGCAUUUCCAUAAGCUUCAAGGAACAGGAAGCCACCUUUGCUGGGCGACGAGCACAUCGGAUGGAGAUGGUGAUUCAAGGUCGGUUAGAUGAAUCAGAGCAGGUCGACGAAGUUUCGCGCACUAUUCAGAUGCUUCUAAAUCGAGCAGGUCCAUCACACAAACCUCCUCGCGGAGAGAAUGUUUUGAUUGAUGUCUCUCAUGCCUUGUGUGCCAAGUUGGUGCCAGCCAACCUUGAGGCUUAUCAUGUUUGCCCCGGACAUUUCCUGCAGACAACUGAAGGCGGAAAGCAAAGGCCGUAUUUUGUCUUAGAGAAGGUGCCUCAUGCCGAACCGCAGGAUUGCGGAAAGACUACGUCCACUACCUACACCUACUGUUCUGACCCCACUGACUGGUCGGGUUUUUCCGCCCAAUUCCAUAGAUGUCUCCACGACAUGCCGAAUGAGAAGUUGUCAGCUGCCAGGGUAUCAGUUCGCUUGGGCAAACUCUUCUUCUGGGGCCGUAAACUUGGUUUGCCAGCUGCGCAAAUGCCAGGCGCCAUAGACCAAAUGAGUGUCCAAGACUUGCGGCGACAGUGGGCUGCGCGCCUGAAGGACACUAUUGAGAGGAAAUUUUCAGAUGUUCUCCGCAAGAGCAAUUUCCGGUCCCUUCAGAACUUGCAGAAUAUCACGUACUAUCUCAAGACACCGGAAGAUGGAGCCAAGAUGGAGGUCACUUUCUUUGACCCAGUCAGUGCAGAAACCAAAGCCUCUGUGAUGAGGCGUAUAUGGGCUUGCACUUCUUAUCGGGAUGUGUUGGAGCUGCCUGAUGAAACAGUGUCAACAUCACGAAUAGCUGUGGCAAGAAGCGUGCUGGAGUGUCUUCUCCAUCCAUCACACAAUGAGUUUGAAGGCUGCCAUUGUGCCAUGCACUUUAUCAAGCAGUCGGCCGAAGGUCUUCUUGCAAGGGCUGAAUUCCGACCUCCUUCAAUGCCGAUUGACGAAGCUCUGCGUGUGCGUGCUCCAUACCAGGAGGCUAGCCGAAGUGGUGCCAGCUUCGUCGCGAAGAGAGAAAGCGAACGGCUCUUCAGAGGUGACGUCUGCCGAUUGGGCUACUCUCCAGAUUUCCGCCUGUCCAUCAACUCAAACAUGGAGAUCGACCUUGAGCCGGCGCUGAUCCAGAAGCUGAAAGUCUUGGACCAGCAGUGCCGCAGCGUGGAUGGGGACAAGUUGAUUGACACCUUUCACAGCAGUUCCUUGCCCUUGGGCUGGAGGUUGCAAUGCAUAGCGUGCCGGGAUGAGUGGGUGUGGAUGGAUCCUGAGGACACAGUGGAAGUGAAUGUGUCAAAGGUGCGCGAAGUCACAUGUUUGAGCACUCGCCAUCAGCAGUCCGAUGAUGACAACUUUGAGAUCCGCUUCUCCUCAGAGCCCACCACCAAGGCCAUUCAAGGAAGGCACGCGGAUGCUUGGGUCCACACAAAGCGUCUAUUGUCCACCGUGCACAUGCUCCAUGGUGCAGUUCAGACUGCUUUGGAUCAUAGUUAGUUUUUUUUGGCACCCAUAAGUUUCAUUUGCGUGGUUUGGGAUCUUCAAAGGUGGUACUGCCAGACCCCUGGAACCUACCCCUUCAGGACA